ACCAUUGAACCAUGCGCGCAUUUAUUUAUUGGAUGAGUGUGACGGAGCAAUCACUAAAUUCCGAGCUUGUUUUCAGUAAUAUCGGGAAACGAUGAGUACCAUGCCUUUAUUUUAUUCAUUUUUUUACAGCAAGCAGUCACAACAGAUGGUUGUGGAAUGACGAAAGGGUGUCUACGCGACCCUGCAGGUUGCAGUGGUACAGACUGCAACUUCUUUGUAACUUACAGUUAUCAACAAGAUCAUGUAGAAUUUGAACUGUUUGGAAAAGAUUCUACUUAUGUUUCGAUUGGUUUCAAUGACAAGCAAGAAAUGGUAAAUAAAUUGUCUAUAAAUUAUUAUCUCAAAUGUGAGGCAUAACAUUUUUAAUUUCCGGAAAGUACGUCAUGAAUUUGGCUAUAGAGCAUCGCUUUUGUGCAUGUGACGUUAGUUACACAGCUAACGUCUUAAUCACGAAAACAAAUUGGCGUACAGCGUACUUUCCUGAAAGGUGUAUUGAUAUAUCUGUGCAGGGACCGCGGAGCGAUAUUAUGCUUAGGGGCUGGUGCUGAGGUGACGUAAGUUCGGUGCGAACCCACCCAGGGGGACCCGGGACAUACCUUCAGAUAAUUUUGAAAAUUACAAGCAGGGGAAGUACAUUUCCAGCUAUUUUCCACAAUAAUUUUGUAUGAAAUAGCCAUGUGAAUUGCCUGAUGAUAAAAUCAUCUCGUGUACACAUGACUGAAGAAAAGGGAAAAUUACACAAAUUAGUAUGUUAUAAGAAACGGUAUCACGCUAAACGAUCGAUACUCUGCUCUGGAAAUCGAAUAAUGAAUUUGACACAUAAGUACGCUUGCCUAUGGUACAUUUUCUACUCAAUAGUUAUGCCCUACUAUAUAGAAAAAGUAUAAGAUCUUUCCGCGCAUGGCAAGUGAGGGUGCAGCAAUGUAUUUUGUCCAAAAGGAUGAGAAAGAGAAACUUUAAGUUAGUAAGAAAAAGGUGAAAAUUAGCAAAAAUAAUUAAGUAGGCAAUCGUAUACAGAGUAUAGGUUUCAACCCUAGGGCACAAAGGCACAGCCUGUUGAUUACUAUUCAUGUUUUGUUGACCUGUAAUGUUUGAACUUAGGUAUCGUGCAGGCGGGUAUCUACAGACAAGUUUUAAUAUAGAACCUUAGUAUUCACUUUACUACUUUACUACUGUACGCGUUUCUCUCAUGAAAAUUAUUGUGAGGGAUUCAGCGCCUGCAUGCCCACCCCCCUCCCUCCUUGCGUCCGCGGUCCCUGCAAUGUUCUGUGUUGUCUUGUAUUUUUCUGUGCUGUGGUGUGUGGUAUCGAAUUUUGUUCGAUCACGUUAUGGCGUCAUACUAUGCAUGUUAUGUAUUUGUUAAAUAUUCUACUAUUCUGUUGCAGUAUUGUAUUGUAUUGUAUUGUGGUCCUUUGAAAAACUAAAUUCCUAAAGGUUACAGAACACCUUUUGAGUGUUAAUUUUGCCUACUUUUUAUUGGUUUCCAUGAAAGCAUUAGACUAGUUCUGCUAUCUGACCAAAUUUGAAAGAAAAAUGUUGAAAACUUGCAGAGUUAUUUAAUAAAAUAUAUUUCGCUGCAAUAAGAAAAACAUUGAAAAUGUAAUAUUCAAAUUCAAUUUUCUCCCAAAGAAUUUUACGACAAUUACUGAUUUUCAAACGAGUUGUUCUCCUUGAAACUGAAUUUUGGAUAUUCCAAUAAUAAGGAGUAAUUCACUCAAACGAUUCAGAAAUAUAUUGCAGUUGUCAAAGAAAUCGCCAUUUCAGCGGAAUGACGAAAUAAACAAAAAUUUCCGAACACUAUUUUUUAGAACAACUAUUUUGCUGUAUAAAAAUGAUAUUUCCGUAAAUAUAUCUCAAAACAAGCAGGAACACAACUCAAAAGCGUAAUGGUACCGCGAUUUAAGAUUUUCCUGAAUAAUUCUUACAUUAUUUUAUUGUUUGUCAAUUUUACAACUUUACCAUAUUUUGCAUGGUGAAAAUUUGAUGAGAAUUGGACUGAUUUUGAGCGCGCAGUAGCAAUUUUCCGCAAAACACCAAAAAGGCUGUCUUGUAACCUUAAUUAAAUGCAAAAAUUCUCAACUGCAGAUCAACACUGAUUCAGUCAUCUGUUACGUGAACAAUGGUGUUCUUCUAAUUAGAAGUGCGAAAUUAACAAGCAAGAGUGCUCCUAUACUCGAAGAGGUAUGUGAAACAAGAUUCCUUUAAGGCCAUUGAAUUCAGGUAAAUUACUGUCUUGUACCGUGUGUACUCAAGAGUACCGUGUGUAGAUAUGAAUGUUUAUAUAAUUGCAGGCCAACUAUUUGAACCUGACCAACAGCUCAAUGGAUCAAAAUUCAGUUCAGUGCAGGUUAAGAAGAUUUAAAAUACUCUAUGCUGUGAUUCUGCAUUAAAAAUUAAAUAAGCUUUAAAUUAAAUUUAUACCGCCACAAAAUUGAAAUACUAAUGCAAACUCUGUUUUUUCAAGGUUUACUCAUCCAUUUCGACCAACGAAUAGCAGUAAAUUACGUAACCUGGAUGACGAAUUUUACCUUAUUCAUGGCACAGGUAUAUGAUCCUGCAUCUAUAGUAACUUAGGGAGGGCAGUAAUUAUUGUAGAACACCCGAUUCGUCUACCUGAAAUAUAUAGAACGAUGAAACAAAUAUCUACCUUUCGAGCGAAGUUCAUAUGACCAAAAAGAAAACAUGAACUAGAUUCAGGACACUGUCUAUGAUUACACUGAACCACAAUGACAAUUUCAAGACUGGAUUUUGAACUUUAUCCUUAGUUACUGUGAAAGUUACUCCGUGAUACCGACAUUUUUUAUUAAACUCAAAACUUUGCUAUAUUUUUAAAUUUCUUUGAUAUUCACAAUAACCUCAUGUGGUUUAUACUUGCUAAAGGUGAUCAGGUGCAGGGCCGCCGAGAGGGGGGAAGGGGGUGGGGCAGGGAGGGCAAAUUGCCUCGGGCCCCCAGGUUCUCUGGGCCCCUAGAAAAUUUUUGUUGGGUCCCAGUCAUUUUUUUGGGUCAAAUAUUUCCGUGCAAAGUGCAAGAUAUUUGUUUUUUGGGCAAAAUACCCAAAUUUGGUAUGAAAUAUUGAGGUAAAGGCGCUGGAAAACAAUUGUAACGUACUCGUUUGGAAAAAUUUUUUCCCUAAAAAGUUGUAAUUAAAUUAUAUUUAAUUAUAUGUGUAUAUUUACAGUGUUAUCAAUAUAUAAAUUAUGUUGAUAUGUUUCUAAUCUACAUAUUCAGGUUCAGUUCAAAAUCACGUUCUUGACUAUCAUCAAGCGAAGCGUGGUGUUUCAGCUUAUCAUGUGAAUUUAACAAGAAAUGUAGAAUCCAGAUCAGCAUCAGUAAGUAGAUAUCAUAGUAGUUGUAUAUCGUACGAAUGUUGUUACGUUUUGACUUCUCCUCCCUGAAGGUGUUUUGGUGUUAGCCAGAAUUUGCUACCGUCUGCUGAAACGCACAUCCUGCCACUUAUCUCUUGUUCUUCGACAGUUUUUCUCCAGACCAUCUGAUUAAUAUCCUUUCUAUCCAAAAACUAACCCUUAUGCCUUUAUAGGCUAGUUAUCGAGCACUUGUUGGAUUGAAUACACCAAAUCGAACUUAACUAGAGGCUCAUGAACAUUUAAUAGAUAAUUCUUAUUAUCAACUAUAUUGUUAUUGUACUUGUAAUUGAAGUGUAACUGAAAAUAUUACACAUAUAGAUUUAGUGUACCCUUGUCCUUUAAAUUGCAUCAGCCAGGUUCAAGAAGGGUUCAUUAAGACGAUUAAAAUAAUCUAGAGCAUGCACGCAUGCGUUAUUAUUACCUUACUUGAUUAAUGACAAAUUUCUUGCUCCUCUCCAUGGAUUUCAGGAUACAUUCAGCCCCAACAAUCCUACCCCAGGUUCAACAUUAUCCGCUUCAAAUAACACAAAAUUCCUUCAAGUAUCAGAAGAAAGAGUUUUUAAAAUUCUCGAUAAGUUAUGUAAAGCUAAAGCUAGCGGCCCUGAUCAACUACCACAAUGGCUUCUUAAAGAAAACGCAGCAGCCCUUGCCAAACCAAUCAGUGUUAUUUUAAACCAGUCCUACCACGAUGAAAAAGUACCGCGCUCGUGGAAGUUAGCGAAUGUCUUCCCCCUCCUCAAAUCAAAACCAAUUAUGGAUGUCGGCACACAACUCCGGCCGAUCUCCUUGGUUUCCUCGCUAUCCAAAAUUGCGGAAGAGUUUGUAGUGUCAGAUUUUAUCAAACCCUCUGUAAUUAAAUCUAUUGAUUCUAACCAAUUUGGCGUUGUCCCAAAAUCGUCGACCAGUAUCGCUUUAAUCAACAUGAUACACACGUGGGUUAAAGAAACAGAUGGAAAUGGGGCUAUGGUUCGGGUGUUAUUAUUUGAUUAUCGUAAGGCCUUCGAUAUGAUUGAUCACUCUAUUCUUGUACGGAAAUUACAAAAUUUAGAUCUACCCUCCAGCAUCAUAAACUGGAUCGCUGACUUUUUAUCCAACCGUUACCAAAGAGUCAAGUUAAGCGAAGAUUGCUUUUCACAAUGGGGAUCAGUACCAUCAGGAGUACCACAAGGUACCAAACUUGGUCCGUGGCUAUUUGCGGUCAUGAUCAAUGACUUAGUCCUACACGAUCAUCCGUUGUGGACAUUUGUUGACGACACAACAGCAAGCGAAGUCGUAUCAAAAGGAAUAGAAAGUAAUGCUCAGUCAAUAGUAGAUCAAAUUGGAGGUUGGUCAACUGCAAAUCACUUACAACUCAAUGCUAAGAAGUGCAAAGAGCUCAUGCAGAAUAGAUUUUUCGAAGAGUACAAGAGAGUUGUCUCUAUUAACUAGUAAUAACGAAGUAUUAGAAAUCUUACCAAGCGUUAAGUUGUUGGGCCUCACAAUAAACAAUAACUUGAAAUGGAACAACCAUGUAACUGAAAUUAUUAAGAAAGCUGCACGCCGAAUCUAUUUUUUAAUCCAGCUAAAGAGAGCUAAUGUUCCUUCUGUAGACCUUGCUCUAUUUUAUAAAUCAUGCAUAAGAUCUGUUGUGGAUUAUGCAGCGGCUGUGUUCCACUAUUCCUUACCACAAUAUCUCUUAGUCGAAUUGGAACGUAUACAGAAAAGAGCACUAUCAAUUAUUUUCCCCUAUUAUCCAUAUAAAGACGCAUGUAAAAUUCUUAACUUGGAUGAUCUUGGAACCCAUCACGACAAAUUGUGUUCUAACCUGUUUGAAAACAUUCUCAAAGAUCCGUAUCAUAAACUUUACGAUCUUUUGCCAGAACGUUGCGAAAAUACUAAAUAUAACUUACGCCAUCCUAGGAUGUUUGAUUUGCCGAAAUAUCGAACUAAUAGGUUCCAAGACACUUUUAUCGUACAGAGUUGCAUUAGGAAGAACGCAGAAAAACUUUUAGAUGAUACUGACAGUUGUUUUUAAAUUUAGUAAUAUUGAUAACAAUAUAACAUUUUUGUAAAUAACUUUUUAAUUACGCAAUUCAGCUUUUUAGCUGCUAUGGAAUUUUUUAAUCAAUCAAUCAAUCAAUCAAACAAUCAAUCAAUCAAUCAAUCAAUCAAUCAAUCAAUUUGGUUUACUCGUUUUGCCUUUUUUGUGCACUAGGGGUUUUCGGGUAUCAGGCGAGUUUUAUAAGCAUGGCGGACGAUAUAAGGACGACGAGACUAGGUGUGCACUUCAGUGCAGGCUAAAAUACAGCUAAACAGGAAACCCCUCGAUCCAUGGUAGUUUUUGGGUGAUUUUAUUCCAAAAUUUGAAGGAGCUAUUUUCAUACUCGCAACACCUUCUUUGUUCUCAGUGGGAAAGCUUUCGAAUUGGAAAGCGUUAAACAGGAGUUAACAAAGAAAAGAAAAGGAAACAAAGGUUUGUUUCGCUAGGUAGCACUAUCAACAGUUUAUCUUGCUAACAAUUUUCUAUUUUCUGCAGGAUGCACUUGCAGCAGAUGGUUGUGGUAAGACAGUUGGAUGUUUACGUUAUCCAAUAGGAUGUAGUGGGACAGAUUGUAGCUACAUGGCAACGUACCGUUACCAAGGUGGUCAUGUAAACUUCGAAAUGUUUGGAAAGCAGGCUGAUUGGGUGGCAAUUGGUUUUAGUGACAACGACGAAAUGGUAUGAUGCCCUAUUUCUUCAUAGCUUUAAGUCUGACUAGGAAUCUUUCUGUGAAUUUCUAACAUGUGUGGUGACUCUAUUUCCUUUGUUCCAACAACAGGAAGCAGUAUUCUUUAUUUCAUUAAUAUUAACGAUAUUUAUGAAAAAUUAGCAAGGUUGUUUUCAUUGUUGUUUCUUGUUUACUAGUGGAUUCAAUAAUGUAGCAACAGUGUUUUUUAUGGAACAAAGUGAAACAACAAUUAUUGAACAUAUAGAAUUGUUCCUUUUCACAAAUGGGUUCAAUACACUGGUAUUUAAGAUCAUGUAAUGGUUCAAUACUGAUGAUGGUUAAGCAGAGCUGUAUACGUAUAAUAAUAGUUUUACAUUCAUGCUUGGAAACAAAAUUGAUAAUACAUUCUUGAUAGUCUAUAACGGGUGUUUCAAGUUGUCCUUUCGUAUUUUAGCCUGACACAGACGCCGUUGUGUGCCAAAGGGUUAGCCAAUCUAGCACUGUUGUUAUAAGAAGCUCAAGAAUUGCGGCGGAAUCUCGUCCUCCUCUUGAAGUAGUAAGUGAUAAUUAGUGAUUAUAGAGGGAGAGAUACUGAUACACACUUUCAUAUACAGAUAUCUCCUUUAAUGAUACAUAAAUAUGUUUUAUGUUAAGGCAAACGAUCUUGUUCUUACUGGCAAAUCAUUUUUCAGCAAUAAUAUUCAGUGCAGGUAUGAAUUAUUGUAUUCGGUUUUCUCUCAGGAUUUUCCCAUGGGAUUUUAAGCCGAUUUUCCACUUCGCCCGUAUCGUAGCGAAACGUACUGGUGAGCAUGCGCAGAUUGAAAGGAGGUUUAUAAAACCACGUACUUCCGGUUGUAUUCGCGUAUAAAAAUAUUGUAUUCGCAAAAUAAAAAGUUCGUCGCAAGUCAACUUUUUGGCGUACUACGGAAGUACUAACCAAUCAACAUUCACGAAAUUUUGAAAUUUAAAAACGUUUUUGAUACGUUACGGUACGGUACGGGCGAAGUGGAAAACGGCCUUAACGCCUCAUAUACGUAUCCUUUUGUUUGAAGUACAAGCCACUUUUUUAUCUCUUUUGAGAUCAUAUGAUACUGUGUGAUUUGUGUGCAUGCCAGGCUGUACGCAGCAGGGACAACGCGCCUCCCCCCGGGAAAAUUUAAUUUUCUAAUUGUAUAAUGUUGUUAUAAAGUAUUGAGUCAGAUGGCAUUUAUAUUCUUGUGAAACAGAAUGUAUGAUUCCGUAUGGGACAGCCAUAAGCGUGCAUCUAACUGAUAUGGCUUUAAAAGCAUUGACAUUUGGGUACUUAUUUCAGUAGUAGGUAUUACGAAAGUCACCAAACUGUGGAAUCGCAUCAAAAAUUCGUAUAUCGACCACUCCCACAAACGUCUACGACCGCGCCUACAUAAUUUUGCAUGUUUACAAUUCUGAUUUUAAACAGCCAAUCAGGUUCUUGGUAACAAUUGCAAUUAAACGUCGAUUGGCUGUUUAAAAUUAGAAUUGUAAACAUACAAAAAUAUGUAGGCGCGGUCGUAGACGUUUGUGGGAGUGGUGAUAUACGAAUUUUUGAUGCGAUUCCACAGUUCGGUGACUUUCGUAAUACUACCAUAUACGUUCAAGCAUGAUGCGUGAAAUAUUUCACGCGUUUGUUCACGUUUUAAACGUAACGUUUCCUAAUUAAUUCUGUUACUUUGACCAAUGAAAUUAACACGUUUGAAGCAUGAAAUGUAGCCUAACUGAAAUAUUUUGUUACUUAUUUCGGCGCGUUUACUGGCUUUAUUAUAAAGAUUUACCAGAUAAUAAUGUGACUUAUCCCAAACUUGUUAACUUUAAACGUUUCCAUUUUUAUUUGCAAACGUACAAAACAUUGUAAUUAAAGCCAGUAAACGCACCAGAAUAAGUAACAAAACGUUUCAGUUGACGUGGCGAAUUUUUACAUUCCAUGCUUCAAACGUGUUAAUUUCAUUGGUCAAAGUAACAUAAUUAUUUAGUAAACGUUACGUUUGAAACGUUAAAGGUGAUCUACAGUCCGUAUGUAAACAAAGCCUUUGUUUACAUUUUUUCUGUCCAAAAUAUUGAGCUUUAUUCGACAACUAUUUAUAUUUUCAAGCUUCUAGAGUAUAAUAAAUGAUCAAGAAACAACAAUCAGGCUUUUCAAGAACUCAAAACAAACAGUUAAACUGUUUGCAUCAUAAAAAGUGGGCUCAUUUGUGCACAUGCGCAGAUCGGACUGUAGAUCACCUUUAACAAACGCGUGAAAUGGUUUACGCAUCAUGCUUGAACGUAAAUGGUAGUUUUACUGCCCCCCUGGUGGAAAAAAUCUUGCGUAUGGCCCUAAUGCAUGCACAGUUAGUGAUGAAAGUUUUCUUUUCUCCUAAUAAAUACGUAUAGUUGCAAUACGUAUAGUUGCAUUAAAUACGUAUAGUUGCAAUAAAUACGUAUAGUUACUGUCGGAUGUUAUAUCAAAGGAUACUGUUUUGUGUAGAGCUGGGCAUUUGUAUAAUUUUGAAAAAGUCUGAACAUACACACAGUAUAUAAUGAAAAAUAGAAAAGUCUGACCAAAAUGUAUUUAUAUACAAGCUAUUUAUAUAAGUCGGCUGAGAGGAAAUGAUCAUUAAUUUCUACCAGAACCAGAUUGACUUGGUUAACUGAGAUGAAUUGUCCCAAUUUAUUAGUAGCACUGACAGUUAUAAUUUGCAGCUCCAGCUUUGCAGUUUCUCUAAGUACUAGUUAAAAUAUUUGCAGCUGCCCAUAAAGAUCAGUUGCGAAUAUUUUAACGUACUUGUAAAAUGAAUUUAUUUGUUUACUUUAUUAGUAUUCACUGCCCAUGCGGACAAUCUCACGCUUCAUUAGCAUGCUAUUAAAAAUUGAAUUAGUAUUGUUAACUUUCAUAAACAUCCAUGCUUCUCAAUUAGUAUUGUUAACUUUCAUAAACAUCCCUCUAACACGACUUUCUGAUCUUUAAUGCGGUUUACAAGUGUGCAGAUGUGACCUAAAUACCGCGUCGUGAUUUGUUUGUGGCCUUAUUAAUUAUUCAUGAUUUUACAAAAUAUGUUAAUGAAUUAGAUAUUUUUGGUAAAUCUUAACCUUGCAGGUUCACACAUCCAUACAUCCCAGAAGCUGGAAGUAAAUUAAGCAACCUUAGUCAAGAUGCUUUCUUGCUUUAUGCCAAAGGUAAGUGCACAUUAAAACUGAGUUCUAAUUUUGUGUUUUAUGUGCCUUAAUUCGCCAUAUGGCAUACAGAAAGCUGGCCUCGACUGCAUGCAUCUCUAUAUUGGGUUACAGCCUGCGAGAAAUAAGUUGAUAGCUAAAACAUAGACUUUUUACUAACAGGUGCAUUAACUGGUGGUGACAUUGAUUACCACACUAAAGAAAAAUCACAUCGCGGUGCUUCGCCACAACGUGUUGAUCUCAAAAUAGCGACCGAUAUUGGCAACGUAGGGGUGAGUAUAUACGUAAUACGGUACCGAGGGUAUUGAAACAACUGUGACAAAGUUUGCUCUGAAGAAAUAAGAUACCCCAUCCAUUCGUUUUUGUGAUUCUGAACAUUCAGAAACACUACUGGAUGGAAGUUAGUUCGAAGGGAAAUUGCGGUGAAAGAAAAUGCAAAAAAGUUCAUGUUCUAAUUAACAUUAUUGUACCACUCUAUCUUGUAUAUACUAUGAAAUACUCGCAUCUUGACUCGCAACUUUAUCUUUAAAAAUUACCUUUCAAGAAUUGUGAAAAUCGUCCCGUCCGAAUAAAAAUCGAUAUGAUAUUCAACAAACAAAGAAACAAACCAUACAUUUAAUCCGAUCAAACAUUCGAUCAGUUCAUCGAUUCAGUAUUUCAAUUGAAAUUUACGUUCAUUGUGAUAAACGAACGAACCAACCAUGCGCGCAUUUGUUUACUGCAAGAGGGUAAUGGGGCAAUCACUGAAUUCCGAGAUUGCUUUCAGCAGUAUAGGAUCGGGAAACCAUGAGUACCAUGUCUUUAUUUUAUUCAUCUUUUUUACAGCAAGCAGUCACAACAGAUGGUUGUGGAAUGACGAAAGGGUGUCUACGCGACCCUGCAGGUUGCAGUGGCACAGACUGCAACUUCUUUGUAACUUACAGUUAUCAACAAGAUCAUGUAGAAUUUGAACUGUUUGGAAAAGAUUCUACUUAUGUUUCGAUUGGUUUCAAUGACAAGCAAGAAAUGGUAAAUAAAUUGUCUAUAAAUUAUUAUCUCAAAUGUAAGGCAAACUUUUUAACAUUUAUCAG